AACAAAUAGAUAGAUAUAAUGAAUGGCCUGUAAAGGAAAGAGACAAAAUGAUUGAUUCCCUUCUCUGGGUUCAAAUAAGGCCAAUGCCCAUGAAGACAAAACCUACAGUAUUGGCUAUUCAACCAAUGCCUCAAGCUUGUUCUAUAUAUGGCAUGAUAAGGAAACUGCAUUUGAAAACAUCUAGAAGUGGAACAGGGAAAAUCAAGAAAGAAAAAAAUGAGCAAGCCGCAUAUUGUAGCUAUUCCUUAUCCUGCACAAGGGCAUGUAAUUCCCUUGAUGGAGUUUUCACAAUGCUUAGUUAAUCAUGGUUUCAAAGUCACAUUUGUGAACACAGAGCAUAAUCACAAGCGAGUCGUGAAUGCCUUGGCUGAUGAAAGUCAUAUAAGUAGGAAUCAGCUCCAUCUAGCUUCACUUCCGGAUGGCUUAGAACCCUGGGAGGACAGGAGUGAGCUAGGGCAGUUAACUGAAGCAUUAAAAUGGAUCAUGCCUGGGAAGUUGGAGGAGCUCAUAGAAAAUAUCAACCAAGGGGAAGGUGACAAAGUCACUUGUGUCAUUGCUGAUGAGAAUUGUGCCUGGGCCCUGGAAGUAGCAGAAAAAAUGAAACUCAAGCGGGUUGCCUUUUGGCCUGCAUCAGCUGCAGCGUUGACGUUGAUUUUCGGUAUCCCAAAGUUAAUUCAUGAAGAAAUCAUUGACAAUGAUGGAACUGUAUUGAAAAGCAAGAAUGUUGACUUGGGACCAAACAUGCCCACCAUGAACACUAAAGACUUUGUGUGGGCAUGCAUAGGUGACUUCACCACUCAGAAAAUGAUAUUUGAGGUAAUGUUAAGAAUCAACAGGACUCUGAAACUGGUAGAAAGGCUUGUUUGCAACUCAACAUAUGACUUUGAGCCAGAAGCAUUCACCUCGGCCCCUGAAAUUUUACCAAUAGGCCCACUCUUGGCAAGCAACCGGGUCAGAAAUUCAGCAGGCUCCUUUUGGCCACAAGACUCAACUUGCUUGCAGUGGCUGGAUCAACAGCCACUCAACUCAGUCAUCUAUGUUGCAUUUGGCAGCUUCACAGUUUUUGAUCAAACCCAAUUCCAAGAACUGGCUCUGGCUCUUGAGCUAUCCCAAAGGCCAUUCCUCUGGGUUGUAAGGCCAGAUACUACUGACAAGACAUGUGAUCCAUACCCAGAAAGAUAUCAAGAGCGUGUAGCCUCUCGCGGUCUGGUGGUGGGUUGGGCAUCUCAGCAAAAGGUUCUAGCUCAUCCUUCUAUUGCUUGCUUCUUAAGCCACUGUGGUUGGAACUCUACAAUAGAAGGUUUAAGCAAUGGGGUUCCUUUCUUGUGCUGGCCAUACUUCGCUGACCAGUUCCUUAAUGAGAGCUACAUUUCUGAUGUUUGGAAGGUGGGGUUGAAGUUCAGUAAGAAUGAAAAAGGGAUCAUAACUCAAGGAGAAAUCAAUAACAAGUUGGAGCAACUGCUUGGUGAUGAAAAUUUCAAAGCAAGAGCUUCCAAACUCAAGGAAUUGGCCAUGACCAGUGUCAAAGAAGGGGGCCAAUCCAACAAGACCUUUAAGAAUUUUAUUGAAUGGAUCAAAUCGUAAGCAAGCAAGUGGCCUAUCAUUUGGUUUCGUCUACUCAAAAUUCAAGUUUUUUAAUUUUUUUUAAUUUUUUUUAAUUUUUUUUAAUUUUUAUAAUAGAAGCAUUAUUAGAGAAGGGGGAAUCAAUCCUAGAACCUCGAGUGCAGAGGUAAUUACUGCUGCUUGAGCUACAAGCCCCUUACCUCAAAAUUCAAGUUUGAAGUUUAAGAGUGCACCAUAUGAUAUGUCAAGAUUUAUAUGUUUCAGCUGUAAGACAAUAACUUGUCUUACAUGAUUAUGGGUUUCUAAUCCUAUAAUGAUUCGGCAAUUUACACUGAUC